AUGGCGCAAUCAGCACCUUUGCGGCUUUGUCAUAUCAUGACAAAAAAUCGUUUAGGCUACACAAUGCUCCCUAAAGUCAACACCAGUGAGACCACUCGCCCGGCGUCUCAUGGCGAGGCUCAAGAGAACAACCUAACCUGUCCCAAGCUAUGGUCCAAAAGUUUUCACCGCGGGAAUUACACUGGCGCCAUCAUCUAUAGUCUUGCUUCAUUUAUCCUCCCUGCCCUGUACGGCACAUUGUCAAAACUAUGGGUCGCUAACAUUGACUCUUCCCUCGUCGUCACAACCGAUGCGUAUACCUAUAUCAGCGUAGUCGCAGAGACUCUUAACGAAGGCCUCCCACGAGCGGCAUGGGUCAUCAUUGGUGAUCAUGCCUCUCGCACUCUCACACAGCGGCUCCAGCUCUCAAACACGCUUAUCCUCUUUCAGGCUGUCCUGAGUCUCAUAAUGAGCCUAGCAUUCGUGGGAGGGGCCAGGAGCUUUGCCGAUGGCUUUGUGCCCGUCGAGGUCCGCGAGGCGAGCAUCACUUAUGUGCGCAUCGGAGCGUUCAGCGCAUUCAGCUCUUCAAUCGAGAUGGCUGUUACAUCUGCUACCAGGGCGCUUGACCGGCCUGACGUCCCGCUGAUUAUCAGCUCGGUCAAAUUUGCUGUCAACAUCAUUUUGGACCUGUUGCUCAUCUCUAAGAUCCAUUUUGGCUCCCAUGAGCCCACAGUCAACAUGCAAGGAGGGAUUCAGCUCGCCUGCAACCUGGCAUCUGCAUUUAUCGGCCUGGCAUAUAUUCUCUGGAGGAGUACGGUUCAAUAUCAAAAGGAGAGAGGAAGCACUCUGCAGGAGUGGACUACAACGAAGCCCCAUCCCCGCGCGCUCCUAAUCUUGUUCCGUCCCGGCGUCCUGACUUUCAUCGAGUCGGCAAUCCGCAAUGCACUUUAUCUCUGGCUGGUAAGCAACAUCUUAUCAAUGGGUUCGACAUAUGCGACAGCAUGGGGUGUUUUCAACACGAUACGGUGGGGCCUUGUCAUGGUCCCGGUGCAGGCCCUUGAGCAGACCUCGCUUGCAUUUGUGGGCCACACAUGGGGUGACUGCCGUCGAGAAAUCGGGGUCCAGAUUCGCCGUCCAAAGGCCACCAAGCAGAUAAUGGUCAAAUUAACCCUGCCAGCUCUCGUCUUCCUCGCCAUUGCUUUCGCCAUUGAGGUCCCUGUCUGUCUGUUACUUACAUAUUGUGGCGCUCGUCCUUUCGUCCGAUACCUCAGCGGCUCUGAUGAGGUUGCAGACGUGACGGCGAUGAUGUGGCGUACAAUUGACUGGUGCUAUAUCUUCUACGCCAUGUCUACCAUGCUCGCGACGAUCUUGUUAGCGACGCGACCAAGAUGGUACCUUUUGCAAAGUCUAGUGAGCAAUAUGCUUUACGUGUUGCCUUGGGCUAUUGUAUGCCAGACAGCUAGCUUGUCGGCUGAUAAGGCCUGGACGUAUCACAGUCUUGUUUUUGGCGGAAGUCUUGUUUUAAGCUUCGUCGAUAUUUGCGUCGUAGAUUGCCUCUGGAUUUGGACCUUGAUGACAGGCAGAAUGAGGCUAGAGACCCCGAAGACGAAGGGCCACCUGAACACCGCCCAGCUUCUUCUCGGCCUUAAAGAUGGCGAUUUGCUCGUCAGGGUGCACUUAAAUGCGGCGCGGGGGCAGGCCGUACAGCAGCUGUCGCUCGGCACCCGAGUCGUGCACCUUGACGCCGGUCCAGUCCUUCUCGUGCUCCAGGUUUAA